UUUUCUUUGCGGUUUUUUCUUGUUUUAUAUAUUUACCUUCUACACAUUUUUCUAUUAUGGAAGGCCUCUAUCAAAGCCCUCCUUACAGCUACUUACCCCAACAACAACAGCAACAACAACAACAUACAGAUCAUUUGUACAGAUCCAAUUCAUAUACACACCACGCACAUCACUCUAUGAAUCACUGGUCUCCUCCUCUUCCCGUAUCUUCCCCUUCUACCGGUGCUGGUGGCAAUCCUUCUCAUAGUCAUGCCUAUCAUUACUAUACCAACACCAACCCCUCUCCCCCUUCUGCACGUCCAAAGAUCACCACCAACAUUUGGGAGGAUGAGGGUACGCUUUGUUUUCAGGUGGAUGCCAAAGGUGUUUGUGUAGCACGUCGACAAGAUAAUGAUAUGAUUAAUGGCACUAAACUAUUAAAUGUGGUUGGCAUGUCACGAGGUAAACGUGAUGGUAUCCUCAAGAACGAAAAGGGCCGUGUCGUUGUCAAAGUGGGUGCUAUGCAUCUAAAGGGCGUGUGGUAAAAUAAUAAUAGUCUAAACUAAUAAUAAAAAAAUGAUAACUAAAUGUAAAAAAAAUAUCACUUGUUAGGAUUCCAUUUAGUAGGGCAACU